UUGCUCUCAACCUUCCAUGCUCUGGCUCAGCCCUGUGCCAGUGUUCUGUUUCACGCUUCGCCUUCCAUAUUCAAUCUCCGGUCUAGAGCUGCCGAAGUUUAUUGCAGGUACUCUUGUGUUUUCGAUUAAUUUAUUGGCCUCUCACUCUCUCGUUCUCUUUCAGUCUCUGUUUUACUUAAUCCCUCAGACCCAUUAUUUGUACCGAAUGUUGGUGUUGCAAUUUCAUCCUGUUUUGGUAAGAGUCUUCAUCGUUCUUCACUAUCUCAACUUCAUCCUAAUGCCUUCCUGUUUGUUAUUAUCACUAGCAUUGCGUUUUAGAAAUGAUACGGGGACGAACCUGUAACUAUUACCUCUCUGUAACCUUCAGAAAUUUGGUGACGACCUGUACUGUCCCACUUGAUAUCCCAACUACUUCGAGUUCCUCUUCUGCAAGCCAACAUAAAAACUUGUGCUUUUCCUUAGUGGAGCAGCUAAUUCGUCGUGGCUUGUUUUUGUCGGCGCAACAAGUGAUACAACGAAUUGUAACGCAAUCUUCUUCAAUUUCUGAAGCUAUUUCUGUUCUUGAUUUCGCUGCUGAACGGGGUUUGGAGCUUGAUUUGGCCACCCAUGGUUGGCUUUGCCGGCAGUUUGUUUACUCUAAACCCCAAUUGGCUGAACUUCUGUACAAUAGAAACUUUGUAUUCGGAGGUGCUGAGCCGGAUGUGUUACUUAUGGAUUCUAUGGUAAUCUGUUUCUGCAGGCUAGGAAAAUUUGAGGAGGCAUUAACCCAUUUCAAUCGACUCCUUUCGUUAAAUUAUGUCCCAAGUAAAGUUUCAUUUAAUGCUAUCUUCCGAGAGCUUUGUGCACAAGAAAGGGUUUUAGAGGCAUUUGACUAUUUUGUGAGAGUCAAUGGAGCUGGUGUUUACUUGGGGCAUUGGUGUUUUAAUGUCUUGAUGGAUGGGCUAUGCAAUAAGGGGUAUAUGGAGGAAGCUCUUGAAUUAUUUGAUAUAAUGCAAAGCACUAAUGGUUAUCCUCCGACAUUACAUUUGUUUAAGACAUUGUUUUAUGGCCUCUGUAAGAGCAGAUGGUUAGUGGAGGCGGAGUUGUUGAUCAGAGAAAUGGAGUUUCAGAGUCUAUAUCCUGACGAGACGAUGUAUACUUCUUUAAUUCAUGGAUAUUGCAAAGAUAAGAAAAUGAAAAUGGCAAUGCAAGCCCUUUUUAGAAUGGUAAAAAUAGGUUGUAAGCCAGAUAGUUUUACAUUAAAUACCCUGAUCCAUGGGUUUGUGAAGCUGGAUCUAGUUGAGAAGGGUUGGUUGGUAUAUAACCUUAUGGCAGAGUGGGGAAUCCAACCUAAUGUGGUAACUUUUCACAUCAUGAUCAGUAAGUAUUGUCAAGAAGGGAAGGUUGACACUGCAUUAGCGUUUUUAAAUAGUAUGGUGAACUCCAAUUUAUCUCCUAGCGUGCAUUGUUAUACAGUUUUGAUUAAUGCACUUUACAGGGAUGAUAGGUUAGAAGAAGUCAGUGAACUGCUUAAGAGUAUGUUGGACAAUGGAAUCAUACCUGAUCAUGUGCUGUUCUUUACCCUUAUGAAGAUGUAUCCAAGGGGACAUGAACUUCAGCUUGCUUUAAAUACUUUAGGGGCGAUUGUAAAGAAUGGCUGUGGGUGUGAUCCUUCUGUAAUCCUAGCCAGUACGAAGUGGCAAACAUCAAGCACUCUAGAGCAAAAAAUUGAAACACUGCUGCGAGAAAUUUUCAAUAGCAACUUGAAUCUAGCAGGUGUGGCAUUUAGUAUUGUGAUUAGUGCUUUAUGUGAGACCAAAAAUUUGGAUUUUGUUUUGGAUUACUGGCAUAAAAUGGCAAGUCUUGGAUGCAAGCCUUUGCUCUUUACUUACAAUUCCUUAAUUAGGUGUCUCUGCGAGAAGGGGCUUUUUGAGGAUGCCAUGUCUCUAAUUGAUCACAUGCAAGACUGUAGUCUGUUUCCUGAUACCACAACUUAUUUGAUUAUUGUAAACGGACACUGUAGGCAGGGUAAUGUUAAGGCAGCAUAUUAUAUUCUAAGGGAAAUGAAGCAGAGGGGACUGAAACCAAGUGUUGCUAUCUAUGAUUCAAUAAUAGGUUGUUUAAGUAGGGAAAACAGAAUUUUUGAAGCAGAAGGUGUUUUUAAGAUGAUGCUAGAGGCUGGUGUGGAUCCUGACAAGAAUUUCUUCUUGAGGAUGAUUAAUGGCUAUCGUAAAAAUGGCAGGAUUCUUGAAGCCUGUGAAUUAUUUGAGCAAAUGGUUGAAAAUUCUAUUCCAUCAAGCUCUCAUAUUUAUACAAUGUUGAUUAGUGGCUUGGUUAAGGAAAAUAUGACUGAUAAAGGAUGUUUAUAUAUGGGCAAGAUGUUAAGAGAUGGGUUUUCACCUAAUGUUGUGUUGUAUACCUCUCUUAUCAAUCAUUACUUAAAGAUAGGGGAGGUUGAAUAUGCCUUUCGAUUAGUUGAUUUGAUGGAAAGGAGUCACAUUGAACCGGAUGUUAUCUUCUAUAUUACAUUGGUCCGUGGUGUUUGCAAAAACUUAAGUGUCAACAAGAAAAAAUGGUGCAUACUAGAGAAAGAGAAUCAAAAGGAAAAAAGUAUGUUGUUUCAUCUGCUCCAUGAAACAACUCUUGUUCCCAAGGAUAAUAAGAUGAUAGUUUCUGCUAAUUCUACCGAGGAAAUGAAAUCCUUGACAUUGAAACUUCUUCAGAAGGUUAAAGAUGCAUGCAUUAUGCCUAACUUGCGUCUGUACAAUAGCAUAAUAUGGGGAUAUUGUAGGACAGAUAGGAUGCUGGAUGCCAAUCAUCAAUUGGAAUUGAUGCAAAAAGAAGGGUUGCGUCCAAACUCAGUUACUUUCACGAUUCUUAUGGAUGGGCAUAUUCUUGCAGGCGAUGUUAACUCUGCCAUUGGGUUGUUUAAUAAGAUGAAUGAAGAUGGGUGUAUUCCUGAUAAUGUUGCAUAUAACACUUUACUGAAAGGCCUUUCCCAAGGAGGGAGACUUUCUGAUGCAUUGUCCCUCUCAUAUACAAUGCGUAAACGAGGGUUUUCCCCAAAAAUACUAACUUAUCAUAGUUAAAAAACUCUUCUUGAGCGUGUGAUUCAAGUGGCCAUGCCUUCAAAUUUCGUGAGAACUUGAUGCCUAUGAUAAAAAUUUACCUCAUUGGAAAUGAUGCAAAUUGGCUGCCCACAUCCUAUGUGAAGAAAAUCAUUGCAGGAAGCUUGUCUUGCUUUUAAUUUAAAGGUUGAGAGGAGCAAGCAUAAAAGGCAUAACCAAAUAGGUUUUUGGUGGAGUCAUGGAUGAAAUAAGAUGGGUCAUCAUGGUACAUAUGAAUGCAUGGUAAUACAGACUUGGAGACGGCACAAUCACUGAAAGUGGAGAGGAAGAAUGAAGAAAACUUUUUCUUCUAGAGUCCAGGAGUGAAUGGGACCUCUGUGUCUGGCAACCACGACUGCCCUGCAAUGAAAUUUUGGACGGUGAACUCUGAUGCCUCUGUUGAAUUUCUUAUAACACGGUA